GUGUCACGGCCUAUAAGGCGCGCGGCACCAUAGCCCGCUGCUUCCCCUCCUCACCCCUUCUUCUAGCUUCCUCGAUGGAGGGUACCGGUAACGACAAGCAGAACGAGUCGGACGAGUGCGACGUGAACGGGGACAAUAGGAAGCGGGACGACGACGCGGAUUCGACCGGGCAGGAGGACGUCGAUCGGAAGAUGAAGGCGGAGGACAGACGCGAGUCUUUGACGGAGAACAUGAAUCUGAAGAACGAGAUGAAGACGCUGAAGAAGACGCUGUCGGCCGACGACGAGGAGGCCGACGAGGAGGACGAGGGCAGCAAGGAGUCCGCCGACGAGGAGGAGCGCAAGGAUGAGACGCGGCCCGGCGGCGGCAGCGAGAAGAAGGAGCAGGAGUCGUCCAGCGACAGUACGUCCACCAGCACCACCGACGACGAGUCCGAGACCAGUUCGGAGGACAAGACGGAGCCGUCCAAGCCGGAAACGGCCCCGACGACGCAAACGGAAGAGGCGACCUCGCGGGAGGAGUCAAAGGAGAGCGCGUCCAAGAACGAGGACAUGACGGACGACAGUGAUAUCGAGGAUGAUCUGGUCUCGGCGAUCAAUUACAACACCAUCACCUCCCUGGCGGCGCUCAAGGACAUGCUGCAGUCCUCCGGGGAGGACUCCGACGGCGUGGACAGUUUCUUCCACCAUUAUUUCCUGUCGCACGUGAACCGGCUGCCGUCGAGGAACCAGACGCACAGCCCGUAUCCCUGGGGCAGGAGGCUGUCGGAGUGCCGGGAGGAGGACGAGUACGAGACCGAGGAAGGGAAGAACGCCGAUAGCACGAGCGUUGCCGACAGCAAGAAGGACACGUCGAAGGCGCAGGUCGAGAAGACCGACAGCGUCUCCUCGAAAACGUCGAAGGCGUCGAGCCCGUCGUCCUCGGAGAAUUCCAGCUCGGAGAAGAUCGACGAGAAGUCCCUGGCGACGUCCAGCAUGUCGGAUGCGAAACCGCCGUCGCCGUUGUUAACUGCGACGGCGGCGACGACAACGACGAUGACGACGUCGCCGACGACGACGACGACGACAACGACGGGCGCGACCGCGGCGGCAGCGGCGGCAGCGACGACGACGACCGUCGCGACGUCCAUUUCCGGUAGAUUCAUAACGUCCACCGUGACGUCGCCGACGUCGACGACGAAGCCGCCGCUACGAAGGCGACACACCACCGGCCCGGGCAUGACCUUCCCCGCUACCGAUCCCCCUUCGUACUCCACCAGCAUGACCUUCUCGCGGACCAGUCCGUUGCCCAGCCCGCAUUUCGACAAGCGGUUCUUCGACAGCAGCCUGAUCGAGAUGAAGAGCCAGGCGAGCAGCACCAGCACCCUCGACUACGACUCCACGGAGGAGGUGUGGGUGCGCAGGAUGGACCUCGCGCAGAAACGGCGGGAGCUCGGCUCGCAGCCACUACCAACGAUCGUGACCGAGGACACGGAUAAUUCCGGACAUGUUUCUCAAGGUCACAGGCCACGAGCAGAUACGUGGGGGUCGCACUCGAAGACGAUCAAAAAGUCGUCUUACGGGAGCGCGCCUAGCUCCGGAAAAUCGACGCCCCUUCCGCAGCCGGCCGAACCGUCGAGCUCGUCGAGCUCCGGCAAGGGCGGUCGAAAGACUUCCGGCACCCGGUCCGGCUCCACCAGUCGCAGCAACAGCCGCAGCAAUAGCGCGGAACGCCGAAAGAGCGGCGGCGGUACGGAUGACACCGCCAGCCCUACGAGAAAGCCGGCGCUCUUCGAUGCAUUCAGACCGAGGAGCAAGUCGGACGCCAGCAAGAGGAAGCCCAGUAUUAUAGCUAAUAUGAAAAGUGCCGUUCAGCAUUCCUUGCACAGAGGAUCGCAUGGAAGCUCGUCGGUGGAUGUACAUACGGAGAAGGAGCAUCAUAGAGAAAGUCAGAAGGAGCAAAAGGAGAAUAAAGACCAGGGAAGCGGACGGCCUAGAGCUGGAUCCGAGAGCAGCAGGAAUCCUGUGAGCAAAGUCAUGGAUCUCAUUAGGCACAGGAGCCACAGUGCCUUGAGCGCGGAGGACAAGCGGAAAGCGCGCGCGGCGGUGCAGCACCAGCAAGUAGCAUCGCAGAGCGCGCACAGGAGGAGUUCAUUGGAUCCCACGGCACGGAGAUUAUCCCUCGGGGCGCCCGCGAUACCUCACAGAGCGUCCGACGCUUGCCUGGAUCCGGUUCACGCUGCCAUACUCUUCAGGGACGCGCGGGGGCUGCCGGUGGUGGAUCCCUUCCUGGAGAAAGUCUCACUGUCCGAUCUUGAGGAGGACGAGUCGCAGAUCUUCGUCAAGUUCUUCAAGUUCCACAAAUGCUACGACCUAAUACCGACCAGCGCCAAGCUGGUCGUCUUCGACACACAUCUACUCGUUAAAAAGGCCUUCUUCGCUCUCGUCUAUAAUGGGGUGAGGGCCGCGCCGUUGUGGGACAGUUCCCGGCAGCAGUUUGUCGGCAUGCUCACUAUAACGGACUUCAUAAAGAUACUGCAGAUGUAUUACACCAGUCCGUCGGUGACAAUGGACGAGUUGGAAGAGCACGAACUAGAUACGUGGAGAAAAGUCCUGAAGGAUCAGGUCCACCCGCUUGUCAGCAUCGGGCCGGACGCGUCGCUGUACGAGGCUAUCAGGACCUUAAUACAAAACCGAAUCCACCGAUUGCCUGUGAUAGAUCCCGACACCGGAAACGUCCUUUAUAUCUUGACGCAUAAGCGAAUACUUAGGUUUCUUUUCCUAUAUAUCCACGAGUUACCGAAACCAUCUUUCACCAACAAAACGCUGAGAGAGUUGAGGAUAGGCACUUUCGAGAAUAUAGAAACAGCCACGGAGGAGACUAGCAUAAUUUUAGCGUUGAAAAAAUUCGUGGAGAGGAGAGUUUCAGCGUUGCCGAUCGUCGACUCCGAGGGGAAAUUAGUAAACAUCUAUUCGAAGUUUGAUGUCAUUAACUUAGCGGCGGAAAAGACGUACAAUAAUCUGGACGUUUCGCUACGGGAAGCAAACGAGCACCGCAAUGAAUGGUUCGAAGGCGUUCAGAGUUGCAAAUUAGAUGAGACGUUGUUCACUAUAAUGGAAAGGAUUGUCAGAGCGGAGGUUCACAGGCUAGUAGUGAUCGACGAUGACGACAAAGUGAUCGGUAUAAUAUCCCUCUCCGACCUGCUCUUCUACCUCGUUCUUAGGCCUUGUGGUGAGGAUGGCAGUAGCAAUAAAGGUAGUUCUAUAUCAUUGCGAGCACAAGAUUCCCAGCUGUCGAAGGCUCCCAGCUCCGCGCAGUCGGAAGCGUCGCUCGCCGACGGCGAAACCGAGCAGGACGCCGCGGCGGAGGCAACGACGACGGAGCGCAAUCGGUCCGAGGAGGCGCCGGCGACACCUAGUCCACCGCUAAGUCCAGUCACGUCGGACAUCUCGGAGCCGCAGUCGACGCUAGUGAAUCAAACUCAAGAGGCGACGUGGCGGGACGUGAUAAACAUUUGUGUCUCGGGCGUCUCGGGCGGGGAAUGAGACGUCGCCCGUUUUCACGUGCCGCCACGCACGGAUUUAGAACUCCGAACUUGAAGUUGACCGCCGCCAUUAACCGCGGCGGGCGGACGUGUUGUAACAUAACGACUGCGUAUUUGUACACCCUCCUGUUGUUAUCGCUCGCGAGUUCCUCGCAUGUUGCUCGGUGAUUACGCGCCGCCAGGCGAGGCAAGGGAGAGCGACGCAAGAUGCCCGUUCGGCGAGAGGGAAGUUAUAGACGUGGCGCGUUAGAGGAGUGACAGAGAGAAAUUCGUUGAAACGCGCGACGUUACGACAAACUAUGAUGCUCUGUAUAGUGUAUAAAAAAAAUCACUUAAGCUUAAUUUUUUAUGGUACAAAUGCUACACAGACAUGCUCUACACAUUUUAGUAGACGUUCGAGCUUCUCGCCAAGGACAGUAGGUAGCUGCGCCAUUAUUUGCUCAGAACGCGAGUCUCCGCGCCCUUCUACAAUCGAGCACGAAUCGGGAAGAGAAAUGACGAAGAAAUUUCUCGAAAGGAAAGAAACACGAGAGCUUCGGAGGUACGACGAAAUCCUGGAGAUAAAAAGUCGCAACUUUUAAUCACGAUUAUAUAUCUAUUCUUUAUGCAAAUUGUGUUGUUGUUCACCCUCUGUGAAAUGGAGAGCGUAGAUAUUCCUUUUGAUCUUGUGUAUAAUUAGGAUAUGUGAGGAUUAUAUAAAAAAAAAAGGAAAUAAUUAUCGAAGAGUCGUAUUUCGCGAUCGAUGAAAAACGAAAUCGCCUGUCCCCGCUGCACGCGCGAGGAUCCUUCACGUUCCUUUUUGAACGCAAUUGUACGAUCACCGAUCUAAUUAAAUGUCUCUUUGAUAUUUUACAUACUCA